GAACACUUCCCUUCGCUAAAAUAGAGUUCUGUGACACUUCCAAUGUGCCCGUCUGAUCAUAAAUUGUACACAUUAUUUGAUUUUGGUGUCCACUACCAAAUCUGAAAGAAACAUCGAUUGUAAACGAAAUUAAUUGGGGAUAACGUUUUAAUUUUAAACUUUGCGGCAGAAUUUACUUAAUUGAUCUCCAAAAGAUUUAAUAAAAAAUGAACAGCAUUGGCGAAGAAUGUACAGACCUAAAGAAAAAAUACGAUGAUUGUUUCAAUACUUGGUUCUCGGAAAGGUUCUUAAAAGGCGAUCAAGAUGAUUCUGUUUGCGCUGGAAUAUUUAAAAUUUAUCAAGAAUGUGUUAAGAAUGCAAUGAAACAGCAAAGCAUUGAUUUCAAAGAAAUAGAUAAGGAUAUCUUAGGCACUGAAAAUGAAUACAAAACACCACCAAAUGCAAAUAGUAGCUGACAACCCAAAUUGGUCUGUGUCUUUAAACCCACAGCCUGUUGCAAUAUCCUUGGCAAGUUUCUUAAGAUUCCAUGCAGUUACCAAGAUUUCAGUGAUAAUAGGCUUACAGUGAAAGAGGAAAAUGAAUGUGUUAAAACUUAUGAAGUUUCUUGUGUGAAUGAUGAAAAUUAGUGAAUAGAAAUAAAUGUAUAAUCGAUGGAUUAAAA